GUUAUAACUAUCAACGCCACUAAAAAUACAUAAGUGUGAUGCGGUUUAUUUUGCAUGUGUUUAAACUUUAUAGACAUUAAACGCCUCUUUAAAUGAAUAACAUAUGCCUCGGUCAUGGACCACUGUCUUGCUAUAGAUCAGAAUGUUUUCAAAAGCCCGGGGCUAUAUUCUCAUCAUAUAUAUAUCAUGAAAUUUAUCUGGACGAAAUAUCAGUUGUUUUGAAAAAUGGCAUCUUUACGUCUGCUGAUUUUUGCGUGUGUAACUAUUUUUCUGGACAGCUGCAAUUCCUCUAAAAAUGUGUUGUUUAUAAUAUCGGAUGACCUGCGACCUGAACUUGGCUGCUACUACGAAGCCGGAAGUCAGAUCCACCCGGGUAUUGACACCCCGAACAUAAACAGCCUCGCCAGCAAGAGUCUUCUGCUGAAACGCGCGUACGUUCAACAAGCCGUAUGCGGACCGAGUCGGACAUCCCUUCUGACCGGACGUCGACCCUCGACAACGCGCGUGUACGACCUGGAAACAUACUGGAGGGACGCGGCGGGGGACUUCACCACCUUACCUCAGUAUUUCAAGGAGAACGGAUACACGACGGUGGGCAUGGGCAAAAUAUUCCAUCCAGGAAGCGCUUCUGGGUUUGACGAUCCAAUCUCGUGGACAGAAGACUACUACGAAGCGGAAGUCAAAUUCGAAAGCAAGAAGAAGAGCUGGGACAGCAUUUCGGAUAGAAAAAUAAGUAAUACUGGGAAGCUUCUUCAAGACCAAAAUAUCACCGAGCAUGCGCUGAGUUUGUUGGAAGAGUACGCGAGUUCCAACACCAAUUUCUUCAUGGCCGUUGGAUUCCACAAGCCACAUUUACCGUUUGUUAGUCCAGAAUGGGCAUAUGGCCCGUACCCAGAAGAUGAAAUUCUCGAUGUUUCAAAUCCGUUUGCUCCCUCGAACAUGCCGGAAAUCGCGUGGUUUAAGUACGGGGAUGUGAGAGGUUACAGUGACAUAGCUUUAUAUGGAGCGACCGGCGAUAUCAACACCACACUACCAGACGAAGCGACACGUGACCUUAGGCGCGCCUACUACAGCGCGGUGUCCUACAUCGACGACCUUGUGGGACAGCUGGUAGACAAGACUGUUGAACUCGGUAUUGACCAAGACACUGUCAUAGUCUUCUUAGGAGACCACGGCUUCGCGUUGGGCGAGCACGGGCUAUGGAGCAAAAACACGAACUUUGAAGUCGCCACGCAUGCGCCCUUGUUGAUUCAUGUUCCCGGUCAGACAGACGCUGGCAUUGUCUCCGAGAGCUUGGUGGAGUUUGUCGACGUUUUUCCGACGGUGGUUGAAGCGGCCGGACUCGCGACCGUUGAACGCUGCGAGGAUGGAAGUUCGGAAUCCACCCCUCUGUGUCACGAGGGGACCAGCCUCAUGCCUCUGGUGAGUGCCCCGGAUACCAAGCUUAAGCUGAGCGCCUUCUCCCAGUAUCCUCGCCAAACGGAUAUCAUGGGGUACUCUAUUCGCACGGACCAGUUUCGGUACACAGAGUGGGUCCAGUUCGACUACACGACGAACACACCCGAUUGGACCGUGAACUCGGGUACCGAGCUUUAUGACCACGACAUUGACCCGGAAGAGAACUACAACGUUCACGGGGACUCGAGCUAUGCGGAGGCUGAAGAAAUUCUCCAAACGAUUCUUCAUAACGGCUGGCGAGAUUCCAUUAUUCUAUAAUUUGUGGCGCAGAGAAUAAAGGGAUUUACAUUUGAUGCAUUUUGGUUUCAUUUCGUGCAUCAUAUAUAUUAUGCAUAAUCUUUUGGCCAACUAGAUGUAAGACGAUAAUUCUUCACACCUUUCCGAUUGAUUUCUUUAGAUUUAAUAUCCACUACUUGUAGUACAUAAAAUUUACUAUACAUGUACGUAUUUGAAGUGAGAUAACUGAAUUGUUGUACAAUGUAUUUUGCUUACAACUAUGUUGUUUGUUUGUGUGUUUUUUUUACUGUAACGAGAAUUUAAUAUGCGCCAAUUGUAUUCUUCGUAUGUAGAAAAAAACACCAGCAAUAAUUAAGUAAUAAAUCAAAAAGCAUU